AUGGUUAAAGACAACGCGCCUAAAGCCGGCCUACCGGCUAAUUUCUUAUGGGGUUUCGCCACUGCAGCGUACCAAAUUGAAGGUGGCGCUACUGCGGACGGCCGUGGUCCUUCAAUAUGGGACACUUUCUGCCAAAUCCCCGGCAAGAUUGCCGAUGGCAGCUCUGGAGAUGUUGCUUGUGAUUCUUAUCAUCGGACGGAUCAGGAUAUCGAAUUGCUCAAGAAGCUUGGUGCUAGAGCAUAUCGAUUCUCCGUCUCAUGGUCUCGAGUAAUUCCUCUUGGUGGUCGAAACGAUCCCGUCAACCAAAAAGGCCUUCAGUAUUAUGUCAAAUUCGUCGAUGACCUCCUCGCCGCCGGCAUUGUCCCGUUCAUCACCCUGUUUCACUGGGAUCUGCCCGAUGAGCUUGACAAGCGAUAUGGAGGUUUCCUAAACAAGGACGAGUUCGUUGCCGACUUUGCAAACUAUGCACGGGUCAUGUUUGAGGCUUUGGGCGACAAGGUCAAGCAUUGGAUCACGUUUAAUGAACCCUUCUGCAGCGCGGUUCUUGGAUACAACAUCGGCGUCUUUGCACCAGGCCAUUCGAGUGAUCGAACACGAAGCACUGUUGGUGACGGAAGCACAGAACCUUGGAUUGUGGGACACAAUAUUCUCAUUGCUCAUGCCAACGCCGUCAAAAUCUUCCGAGAUAACUAUAAAUCCAAGAUCAACGGCGAAAUCGGCAUUACGCUGAAUGGGGAUUGGACGGAGCCUUACGACCCUCAUUCGGAAGCGGAUAGACUGGCAUGCGACCGGAAGAUUGAGUUUGCCAUCUGUUGGUUUGCCGACCCAGUCUAUUUUGGUCACUACCCUGAGUCUAUGGUCAAGCAGCUAGGAGAUCGGUUACCAAAGUUCACAGACGAGGAACGGAAACUCAUUACUGGCUCCAACGACUUCUACGGCAUGAAUCAUUACUGUGCCAAUUACAUCAAGAGCAAGGACACCGACCCUGAUCCGCAAGAUGUCAGUGGCAAUCUUGAUGUUCUCUUCGAAGACAUGAAUGGCAACAGCAUUGGACCAGUGACCCAAAGUCCUUGGCUACGUCCUCACGCCCCCGGUUUUCGGAAGCUGAUGAAGUGGUUGAGUGACCGAUAUGGUGGACCGAAGAUCUAUGUUACCGAAAAUGGUACCAGCAUCAAGGGAGAGAACGACUUACCGAUGGAAGAAAUUCUGGAAGAUGAUUUCCGAGUGGAGUAUUUCCGGGGCUAUAUCACAUCUAUGGCGGAGGCAGUUGCCGAAGAUGGCAUCAAUUGCCAGGGAUAUAUGGCAUGGAGUCUGAUGGACAACUUCGAAUGGGCUGAAGGGUAUGAAACCCGCUUCGGUGUGACUUACGUCGACUAUGCCAAUGGGCAAAAACGAUACCCCAAGAAGAGUGCACUGGAGCUGAAGAAUAUCUUUGAUCAGUACAUUGGUAAGGUCUAG